AUGUUCUUACGACAAAAAGCUAAAUUGCAUUGGCUUAAGGAGGGUGACAAAUGCACAAAGUUCUUUCACUCAAUCAUUGUAACUAAGAACAAGAGACAGACUAUAAGGGUUCUUGUUAACAAUCGAGGGGAAAGACUUGAAUCUUUUGAUGAAAUGUCCUCGGAAAUACUAGAGUAUUUCAAAACUCUUUUAGGCACCAAGGAUUCUAAUGUUAAAGAAUACCCUCCUACACUUCUCAAAGAUUUGAUGCAACCUAUUCCUUCAUUUGAAGAUUCCGAAAUCUUGUCAAGGAAGUUAUUAGUGAUGAGAUCAAAGAUGUUAUUUUCAGUCAAGGUCAAACAAGGCCCCAGGUCCCGACGGAUUUACAGCUCUCUUUUCAAGAAAGUUUGGCCAUUGGUUGGAAAUGACGUUAUUAAGGCUAUUAAGAGUAUAGUUGACAACACACUUCUCGCUCAGGAAAUUGUUAAAGGAUAUGGGAGAAAGAUCAUUUCACCUAGGUGUGCACUUAAAAUUGAUCUUCAAAAGGCUUUCGACUCCAUCAAUUGGGACUUCAUUCAAGCUAUUCUUAAAGGUUUGGAUUUACCUCCGUUAGUCAUUGAAUGGAUUGUAUCUUGCUAUACGGAUGCUAGAUACUCUAUCUCUCUCAAUGGAAGCUUGGUUGGAUAUUUCAAGGGAGCCAAGGGAAUUACACAAGGAGACCCUCUAUCCCCUACGUUGUUUGUUAUGGUAAUGAAUGUCCUUUCUAAUAUUCUCAAUACUGCUGCUAUAAAAGGGAUUUUUGCCUUUCAUCCUAAAUGCAAAAAAAUUGAACUUACUCACUUGUCAUUUACUGAUGAUUUAUUGAUUUUUUGCAAAGGAAACUUUCAUUCUGUUAUGGGUGUCAUUACUAUAUUGGACUGUUUUUAUGAGUAUUCAGGGUUGAAGCUUAAUGUAAGCAAAUGCGAGAUUUUCACAGCUGGUAUUUCUACUCAUAAUCUUGAUUCUAUCAUCAAUUAUUCUGGUUUUAAACAUGGUAGACUACUUGUUCGUUACCUGGGUGUUCCUCUUGUCACAAGAAAGCUAACUGACAAAGAUUAUAAAGCCCUUCUUGACAAUAUCAAGAACAGACUUCAUCAAUGGUCUAUGAAGAAAAUGAGCUAUGCAGCUUGUAUUCAGUCCAUCAUCAAGAAGAUUGAACAAUUAUGUUCCAGAUUUUUUUGGAUAGGCUCGGACAACCCUGCAACUGGUGUAAGGGUGAGUUGGGGGAACAUCUGUCAGCCUAAAUCCGAAGGAGGCUUAGGAUUAAAGGAUCUCAAGACCUGGAAUAAGGCAUGCUUAAUUCAUCUUACAAGGAAACUACUCGCAGGGGAAGGUUCUCUAUCGGUUGCGUGGAUCCAUAAUUACAUAAUUAAGCAGCAAGAUUUCUGGACCAUGGACGAAUAUCGAGUGCUAGCUGGUGCUUCAGGCGAAUGCAGAAAAUCAGAACUGUAG